CACCACCACUAAGAAACAGAAUGCUUGCGUUUACCUACGAGGAUAGCCGUCAAGUCGCUGAGAAGCUCGCAGAGAUCGUCAAGAGCAGCAGUGCAGCCGCUAUUGAGAAGAAUGGUCGGUUUACAAUCGCCUUGAGCGGUGGUAGUCUCCCAAAAAUUUUGGCCCAGGGGCUUGCCCAGGUACAGGGCGUAGAUUUUGCAAAGUGGGAAGUGUUUUUCGCUGACGAGCGUGUUGUCCCUCUUGACCACGAGGACUCGACGUUCCAUGCGUGCCAGGAAGCGUUUUUCAGCAAGGUCGGUUUGAAGCGUGAACAAAUCCACACGCUGAGCGAGGAGUUACUGAAAGAAAACGAAAAGGAUGUCCAGAACUAUGCCGACGAGUACGAGGGCCAAUUGGUGCACACGUUUGCCAACGCCUCUACCAUCAAGGUUCCCUCGUUCGACCUUAUUGUUCUUGGCUGCGGACCUGAUGGACACACCUGUUCACUCUUCCCCAACCAUGAGCUGUUGAAGGAGGACGUUGCCUGGGUAGCACCCAUUACCGACUCUCCCAAGCCUCCUAAAGAGCGUAUCACGCUUACCUUGCCCGUUGUGACGCAUGCUCACCAAAUUGUGUUUGUCGCUACCGGUGCUGCUAAGAAAACCGUUAUCAAGGAGAUUCUCGAAGAUGCCACCUCGACGCUUCCCAGCGCUCUCAUCACACAGGCCGCCAAGGACCGUACCACCUGGCUCAUGGACAAUGCUGCUUCCGAGAAUUUGAGCCGUGCUACUUUGGCUGAUCACUUCUAAAGCAAACGAAUACGGGCGGAGUGGACUGCUCGUCCUUGCGGGUGUCUGUGUACGCACUCGCCUUUGUCAUUGCUUGCGAACCGCAAAUUGCAAGCAAUGCUUAGCUAAUGUUAGGCGUUCUAAUGAGGAAUUGACAUGAUAUAACCGACCCGACCUUUUUUGCUACGAGUGCUUCUCGCGGCGACUGCCUGAUCUGCACUCCGCCUCGUUGCAAAAAAUACGGCGAUCCACGGGGCGCGUUAUCUUACCGAGCGUGACGUAAUG